AUGGUCCGCGAUAUCAAAUCCUUAACCGAGUUCCAAACACUCAUCGCCUCCGGCCGCAAGAUCGUCGUCCACUUCCAAAAGUCCCUCGCCGAACCCUGUCUCCGAUUCGUCCCCAAGUUCGAGGCCUUCUCCCAGGACCAUGAAGGCAUCGAAUUUGUCGCAGUCGAUAUCGAGUUGCUCCCCGAAGUCGCGAGGGGUGCGGGGAUUGAGGCGAUUCCGACGGUCAUGGCGUAUGACGGGAAGAGAGUUGUCCAUUGGCAUGUUGGCGGUGGGGUUGAUGAUCUCCAGUACCUUAUCGAGCGCUUUGAUUGA